AAAAAUUUAUUCCUUGGAAUUUUAUUUCUUUGAAAUAUUAGAAAAACAGAUUUUUUUCAAAAAUGGAAAAAAUUCUCACACCAAAGUGUCACAUUUGUCAGGAAACCGACUUUAGGGCACUUUACUGCGAUGAAGUGUAUAAAGCCAGGGCUCCAAAAUCGCAGAAAACCAUACUUGAUAUAAUCAGGCACAUUUCCAGAGUUCUUAAGGUGACAUUCACUGUGCCAGCUCGAGCACGAGUAUGUACAGUUUGUUACAAGGAGCUAGUACGAUAUGAUUGUUAUGUUGUUGAACUCUUGGAAGUUCAAAAACGAUUAAGUGACAAAAUAAAUGCCCGCGUAAAAGGCAUUAAAUUGCCAAAGCCAGUGGAUAGGCCUGUUGAUAAAGAAAAAAAAGAUAUAAAACAAGAAGAUAACGAAAACUUUGACGAUGAUGAUGAUGGAGGCGAUGAUGAUGGUGAAAUUGAAGCUAUUGAAGAUAGUGACGACGACGAUAAUGAUGCAUUUGAUGAUGACAAUAUAUUUGUUGAUCCCGAUGUAGAUACAGAGCCUUCAGCGAGUGGCCAGCAAGAACAAAAAGUAAGUGUCGAAAAUCAACAAGACAAUUAUCCAUGCCCAGUUUGUAAUUUAAAAUUGAAAAACCAACGAGCACUAGACUAUCAUCUCGAUAAAGACCACAAAAAUCGAGUUACAUGUACUGUAUGCGGUGUGCAAGUUCGUAACGAUGAAUAUUUAGUUUUGCACAUGAACAUUCACAAUGGAAAAACAGAAAAUGAUUGCAGCUUUUGUGGCAAAAGUUACGCUCGUCGAGUAAAUGUAAUUCGACACAUGCAGGUACAUUUCAACAAGAAAAAACAUCAAUGCGAACGUUGUGGCAUGUUCUUUUCUCAAACGACUAUUUUCUACAAUCAUCGUUUGCAACAUGAGGCCGAAGAUAAUCCACUUAUAUGCCCCGUGUGCUCUCAAACAUUUAAAACUAUACGCACAUAUAAACGUCAUAUGGUUACGCAUCAGGAGGAUCGUCCACGUUACAACUGCGAAUUCUGUGGCAAAGUUUUUGUCGACAAGUACACACUCAAAAUGCAUGUUCGAACUCAUCAUACAAGUACUACAGGCGGAGACGAGUCAGAGGAGCAGUCUGCUACACAAGCUCAGAAAAAAGUAAAGACUGCACCUGCUGAAGAACCCGAUCAUGUUAUCUUUACUUGUGUCAUUUGCCAACACAUAUUCGUAAGACAGGAUUUAUUUGCGGAUCACAUGCAAAAUGUUCACGAUGUUGUUAUGGAUUCAUAAGCAUGUGUUUAUGAAAAUCAUCAUAGUUAGAAAUAAGUCUCCAUUAAAAUAUAAAUUAGUUUUAGUUUAUUAAUAAAAAAAAAUGUUGCUAAAAA